AUGGGCGCCGGCGCGUCGUCGCGGGAGGCGGCGCUGUCCAGCCCGGAGAAGGAGCCGGCGAAAUGCCGCCAGCCGAAGCUGCAGAGCAUCUCGUUUCGUCGCUGCGACCUCCACGCGUCGUCGGGCGGGACCUACCACCAUCGCGGUGCGAGCGAGGUCGCGGCGGGCGCGGCGAGCCCGCUCGCGGCGGACGAGGCCGAGGCCGCGGGCGACGACGAGGACCCGGCGGCGCGCCUGGACCGGAGGGCCGUCGAGGCGUGGGCGGCGGACGCGGUGCUCCUCGGCGCCGCGGGCCGAUCGCUGACGCGGCUCGACCUCAGCGAGGGCUGCGUGAGCGACCGCGUCGCCGUGGGCCUCGCGGACGCGGCGCGCGCGCGGCCCGAGCGCGUCGCGAGCCUGACGGACCUCGACCUGUCGGGCGGCAGCAGCUUCGCCGAGGGCGGCUGCGUCGGCUUCCGGGGCUGCCUCGCGCUCGCGGACGUGCUGCCGAAGGCGCUGGCGUCGCUCACGGCCCUGCGCGUCUCCGGGCACCACGUCGGCGCGCGCGGCGCCGCGGCGCUCGCGGCGGCCCUGCGGAAACACCCGUGCCUCGCGCGGCUCGACGCGCAGCGCUGCUUCCUCGGCGACGCCGGCGUCGAGGCCCUCUGCGGGGCGGGCCGCUCGCUCGUCGCGCUGGACCUGAGCCACAACUACUUCAAUCGCGCCGGCUGGCGCGCGAUCGCGGCGUUACUCGAGACGUCCACGCGGCUCCGGUCGCUCGCGCUGCGGGACGCGCUCGCCGAUCCCGCCGCGGGGAGCCUCAUCCAGCGCGAGUGCCGGCCCGGCGGCGCGCUGACCGCCGCGGACGUCAUCGACGCGGCGGUCGCGCUCGCCGGCGGCCUCGCGGGGAACAGGGCUCUCACCCGCCUCGACCUCGGCGCGUCCUUCGACCGCGAGGCCGUCGCGGCCAUGGGCCGCAUCCCCGUCGGCGAGGACCUCGGCGUCGAGCACGUCGCGCGGGCCCUCGCGGCGCACCCGGCCCUCGAGGCGCUCGCGCUCGGCGUGGACCGGCGCGACGCGCGGUCCGUCGCGGCGCUGCAGCAGCUCGCCCUCGCGCGCGCGACGCCGGACCUGCCGGCGUUCCGCUUCGCGUUCCCGCUCGGCCUGCCGGAGGCGGAGUUCGUCGCCGGGGCGACGGCGAACGCCGAGGGCGCGGUCUACGGCGCGGAGAUCGCGCGGACGUGCCGCGCGGCCGCGGAGACGGUCGUGCACCGCGCGCCCUGGCUCGAGAAGUUCCGCCAGGACCUCUACGAGCCCCUGGCGGACGCGCUCGCGGCGUCGCGGCGCCGCGCGGACGACGUCAAGUACGGCCGCCGCGAGGAGGCCUGGAACAACGUCUUCUUCAACGAGGACGACGCCGACGACGGCGCGGACGCCAAGCCCCGGCGGUCGCUCCGGGCCCAGGCCGACGACUUCGCCAAGGCCGCGCGCGCGCGCGUCGAGGACGCCGUCGACCGUUACACGGACCGGCGGCGCGCGUCGGCCGUCGCCGAGGCGCGCGACGCGCAGCCGACGGACUACUACGGCAACGGCGGCUACUGGCGCGCGCUCCGCGUCGACUGCCGCGUCGGCCCGUCGGGCGCGACGGCGCUCGCGCGCGGCCUCCUCCGCGCGCCGCGGGACCUGCCGCUGCGGUCCCUGCGGCUCUCCGGCGACGUCGGCCCCAAGGGCGCCGCGCGCCUCGCGGCGGCGCUGCUCGAUCGCGACCGCGGCACGCUCGCGGACCUCGACCUGUCGCGCAACGGCCUCCGCGACGCGGGCCUCGCGAGCCUCGCCGAGGCCCUCGCGGCCCAGGCGCGCCUCGCGUCGCUGGACCUCUCCGGCAACCGGCUCAAAGGCCCGGGCCUCGCGGCCGCCUGCGACGCGCUCGCGGCGGCGCCCGCGGCCGCGCGGCUCCGCGAGCUCCGGCUCCGCGACACGCCGGACCUCGGCGCGGACGGCGCCGCGGCCGUCGGCCGGCUCCUCGCCUCGCCGCGCGCCGCGGCCGCGCCCGCGCUCGACCUCGGCGGCGCCGCGCGCCUCCGGCCCAAGGUCCUCGACGCGGCGCUCGCGCCCCUCGCCGCGCUCGACCGCCUCGGCCUCGACGCCUGCGGCCUCGACGCCGCGGGCGGCGCCGUCCUCGGCCGGCGGCUCCCGCCGACGCGGCGGCUCGUGGUGGACGGGAACCCGCGCCGCGCGGCGCUCGGCCGCGACGGCGUCGUUGGCCUCGCGGCCGCGCUCGGCAAAAUCGUCGAGCUCGACGCCUGCGACGUCGACGCCGACGGCGCCGCGCUCGCCGCCGUCGCCGACGGCGUCGUCCGCGGCGGCUCGCUCACGGGGCUCCGCGUCGGCCCCGUGGACCGCGCGGACGACGCGACGGCGCGGACGCUCGAGCGGCUCUUCGCCGCGCCCCGGCUCCGCUUCCUCGACCUCUGCGGCGAGAGCCUCGGCGCCGAGGGCGCGCUCGGCGCCAUCAGCCGCGACGCGCGGCGCGCGACGGCCGACGCCGACUGGAACGCGCUCGACGAGGGCCGCGGCCGCCAGCACACGGGCCGCGUGCCGCCGCGCCGCGACGCGAGCCGCGAGGCGGUCCUCGGCGCCGACGACGCGUUCGACCUCGAGGACAACGCGCGCGCGAGGCCGCGGUCGCCGGAGAUCGUCGCCGACAACCCCCUCGCGUCCCUCGUGUAG